GUUUGGGCGGAUGGCGAUCGUCGACGUGGUGGUGGUCGGUGGCGGCGUCGUGGGCACGGCCAUCUUCCGCGAGCUCUGCUUGCGCGGGUACGACGUCGCCCUGCUCGAGAAGAACGCGUACUUGGCCCAAGGCGCGAGCAGCGGCAACUCGGGCAUCGCAUGCACGGGCUAUGACGCGCCUGUCGGUUCGAUCGAGCAAGCGUGCAUUCGACGAGGGAUCCAGCGCAAUGCGGCGGUCCACGCAGAGCUCGGCCUGCCGUCCAACCCUUGCGGCAGCCUUGUGGUCGCGUGGACGCCGGACGAGCUCGCCAAGCUCCCCGCCAUCGUCGCCCUCAACCACGACCUCGGUGACACGGACGUGACGAUCCUUGACGCCGACGCCUUGUACGCGCUCGAGCCCGCUUUGGCCGCCGGCGCGCUCGGCGCCGUCCGAGUCCCUGGCGAAGUCGUCGUCGAGCCAUGGCUCAUCCCGAUGGCGUAUGCUCUGCACGGGCUCGUCAACGGCGGCAGUAUCCGCACGAACCACUGCGUCGCGUCCGGCGCCUUUUCGCCGUCGACGCACACGUGGACGCUACACUGCACGAACGGCGCGACCGUCGAUGCGCGCUGCGUCAUCAACUGCGCCGGCAACUAUGGCGAUGUCGUCGAGGCCAUCCACACACCGGACGCCGUGCCCUUUGCUAUUCGUCCGCGAAAAGGCCAGUUUGUCGUGUUUGGCGGACCCAAUGUCCCGAGCCUCGGCCACGUACUCCAGCCGGUCCCGACGCACCGCACCAAAGGCGUGUUCGUCUUCCAGUCGGUCUACCAUCAGAUCAUCGUGGGACCGACUGCCGAAGACCAAGAGGCCCGUGAGCACCCAACGACCGACCCGCUCACGCUCGCGCGUCUCGCCGACUUUGGCGAGCGCAUUGUGCCCGGCCUGGCCGCGACACCCAUCGUGGGGUCCUAUGCUGGACUUCGACCGGCGACGCAGCACCGCGACUACCAGCUCUCGCUUCACGUACCAAAGCGCUGGAUCACUGUCGCGGGCAUUCGGUCGACGGGCGUCACGGCGUCGCUCGGCAUCGCCGAGCGCGUGGCCUGCGACUUUGUGCCGCAGCUUCCGGGCUUGGCGCCGCGCCCGCUGAAGAAACCCGUGGGCUUCCGCCUCCCGCCGAUCGCGACGCUCGCAGCAGCCAUGCACCCGACCGACUUCACGCUUGAGCUGCACGGUAUGACGUGGCGCGUCGACCACGCGAUCACGCGCUACGGCUGGCAUGCGCUGCAUCAUGACACGCCCGUGCCUCGUCUGUAGCCGCUGCUUAUGACAACACGAAGGACACUUCGCUCAACUGC